UUGAUCCCAAGUUUUCACGCUCAUGAUUUCGACAUGCAUAAUCUAACAUAAAGAUUAUGGGGAAUUGUUUUGGAUUUCGAAGUGAAAGUUCUUACCUUCUGGAUCAAGAGGUUUACGAAACUCAAGAUGAUCAGGAUGAAAGCCCUAGGACAGAUCAUCAGGUGCCUAUUUAUCAUAUAAGUCCAGGCUUGCCUAUUCUUGCAUCCGAUCUGACAGAGGAGGAACAAAUACAAAUUGUUAAACGUAUUCACAUGCUUCAAUUUCUUCCUCUAACAAAUUAUGUACCUGUGAAUAAGGAGAAAUUAAGAGAGUGUAUUAUAUGCAUGAAUGAUUUAAAACUUGGAGAUGAAGUACGUUACCUGCCCUGUCUACAUACUUAUCAUCGUAUAUGUAUUGAUGAAUGGCUUAUGCGUUCAUUUAGUUGUCCUACAUGCCUUUUAAAUUUAGAACCAGAUACUUCACUGACUACUACAACAACAACAACAACAGUAACGGCGCCAAGAACACAAAUUCUGUUCUCAUCAGAAAAUACUGUUGCACCGACAGUGACGUGUGAUUCAUCCCCAACAACAAAUAAUACUACUAACCCUGUUAUAUCAUCCACAGAAGUAGUAGUAUCUCCCGGAUUUAAUCAGUCAUUAGCAAAUGACUCUUGCCCAAAUAUCAACUGAUACUCAAUCAGUGUAAUAUCGAUCAUUGACACGCUUCAGUCAUCUGUGAUAUAUAUAUAUAACUAAGAUGUGUUUCUGUCAAUCUGUCUUCCAUUUAAAUUCAUAUCUUUUGCUUUAUUUGUUUCUGCAUCUAUAUACUGUGCUAUUGAUGAAUUCAACUUCAACUAUCUGUAACUGUAACUAAUCAAGAAUGUAUAGAUUAUUAUUUCUAUCAUUAAUUGUUAUUAAUAAUAACAAUACAUAGUUCUACUGCAUAAUAAUAAUAAUAAUAAUAGUGUCAUAAGCACCUUUAUUUCUUCAUAUAUAUCUCAUUAUAGAAAUUUUCAUUGAAUUCCUUAAUCGAAUUGUGUUGAUUGUCAUUCAUCUCUAUAUGAGUAAUACAAAUUCAUGCUCAAUUCUUAUUAUUUUAUCAAAGCUUUACAUUUCAAUUGGACAUAUUCAUUAGUCAUAUGUGUACCACCAAUAUUCACCAUAGUCUUCAUGUUCUUUCUUUUUUUUUUCUUUUUAAUUUAUGUAAUUUUUUUAUUUUACUUUAUUGUUGUUGUUCUUGUUCUUAUUAUUGCUCAUUUUGUUUUCAUCCCUAAUGAUUCCGCCUGGAACCCCUCUGGGGCUAAGAUAAUAAUAGUAAUCAUUAUUAUUAUUAAUAUAUUAAGUAAUAUAUGUAUAUAUAUUGUUUAUUUCUCUUUAAAUCAAUGUUUUGUUAGUUUACUUUUAAUUUCCUUAUUCACUAUAUCCCUUUUCUUUUCCUCUUUCCAAAUUUAUUUCAUUGUAUUAUACUCCUUGAAUAACAUCUUCAAAUCUUAAUGUUUCCGAUUACUGCUUAUACUCUCACUACCUAUUCGACUAUGGGAUUUGAAUCGACAACUGCAUCUAUGUUGUAAUGUGGUGUGGCAACUUGAAUUGAUGUACGUACGUACGAAGUUCUACGUUGUUACUGACUGACUGAUUGACUUAUGUUGUAAUGUUUUAUAUGUACAAUAACAAUAGUCUUAAAUAUGAUAACAAUUACAUUUAGUAUCAUUUAGUGAAUUUAUAAAGUUUCAUUAUUCCUCUUCCUAUUGUAUCUGUAUGUAUAUAUACAUAAGUUUCAAUGUUGUACUCUUCUGGUUUAUCUUCUAUUUUAAUUUGAUUGAUUUUAAAGAGAUUAUUGUUUUUCUUUUGGUUCUUCUUUAAAAAAAAAGCAGAAUUAUCUCAUGUUUAUCAUAGCAGUUUUUAUAUUGAUAAAGUUUACAUUUGAUCCCUGUGAUAAUAAUCUAUUUAUUUCAUUUGUCAUUUCAAACAAAGGAACGAUCAUCAUUAAACUGUAAAUUAUAGUGUAUUUAAAGUGUUUGUCAAUUAUCCCUUUGCUUUGUGUGUGUGUGUAUGUCGGGGGGUGUAUGUGAAGAAGCGCCUUAAAAGAUGACAAAUAAUAAUGAAAUGUUUUUUGUUUUGUUUUAUAAACUGAAUGUUUUGUUUGUUUGUUCGUUGUUGUUGUUGUUGUUCUGUCUCAUUAUUUCCCAUUUGAGUCAUUACUUUGGUUAGUUACAUAAUGCCUUAUCAACAAAUUAUAGGAAAUUAUUAGGUCUUCUUUUCUCUUCAUUUUUUGGUAGUAGUAGUAGUGGUGGUGGUAGGGGGGAUAUUCAUUCAGUCUUGUUGUGAUAUGUUUUUUCUUUAAAAAAGAAGGGGCAAGAUGUUUAUUUAUUUGAUUAUUUCAUUCAUUUUAAACAAAAAAACAAAACCAUAAUGUGUUGUAUUCAUUUUAUGACAUAAUCGAAGUAAUUCUCUUUGUAUCCAAGUAACUAUUUCUAUGAAUAUAAUGUUGUUUAUUUUGUUGUGUUAAUAAGGUAUGACAAUUUACACCAAUGCAUAUAUGUGCUUGGUUCUAUGUUUGUAGCUAACUGAUUGACUUUGAUAUAGUUACUAUAUGAAUUGUAUAAAAGAAAGGUAAUUAUGUGUAAUUUUAAAGUAUUCAACAUGAUUCUUUUAGAUUUCGUUGUUGUUUUGUGUGGGUUCUUGUCAUUGUAUUGUACUUACUUACUAACGCCUGUUACUCCUCGUGAGGGAGCAUAGGCCGCUCACCAGCAUUCUCCAUCCAACUCUGUCUUGGGCCACUGUAUUGUAAUCUGUAUAUAUACAACUAUGUAUAUGUUGAUAAGUUUAACCGGAUUAUACUUUGUUUUUGUGUGUGUAUAUAUAUAUGAACUUGACUGUUGUUUAUUUUGUAUGGAAUAGUUGAUUUCCAAUGUUGUAGUAGUAGUAGUAAUAGAAGUAUGAUAAUUUUGAUUUUAUUGUGUUCUUUAAUUUGGAUAACUUAAUUGAUUAUUCUGGCAAAUAUCAUCAAUGCUUAAUUCAUCAUAAAAGAAUGCUCAACUAGUUCACUUUAUGAAUAACAUACUCCCCUGUUUGAUUAUAUUCUUCAUAGAUUUUGUUCUUUUCAUUUAUCUUUGCGCAUUCCUAGUAACUAUCUUCUUUGAUGAUAUUGACCUAUGGGCAUUUGAACAGUUAACGUUGUUCUCUGCUUUUUUUUGUAUACAUUGAUCAAUUAGGCUUAGAAUAAUGUUUUGGACGUUAAUCAAUAUUUAGCAAUUGGGAUUCAUCUUGAUUUUUUUUGUUUUCUUUAUCGAUACAUAUAAAGCGGUUUAUUUGGACAAGGCAGUUAAAAAGAAGUUUUUCUUUUUUUUUGCAUCAUUGAUAACAGUUUUGUAGAGAAGUUCAUGUAAACGUAAAAAAUAAUUUGUAAACAUACUUGAUUUGCAGAG